GGUGGCCUCUCUCCCUCUCCCUCUGCCUUCCCCGAGGCUAUGUCCACCCGGCGCGGCGAGGGGGGCAGCGUCAGAGGCACGCAGCCGCGCGGGGGCUCCGGAGCCCAGAGCCAGCCCUGCAAGAUGCGCUUAGGACCCCCGCGGCUGGAAGAAUGAGCUUCUCCUUCUUCCUCCUCCUCUUGCUCAGCCACCUGAUCCUCAGCGCUUGGGCUCACGGAGAGAAGCGUGUGGCCCCCGAAGGGCAGCCUGGACUCGAGGCCCAGGCUCGGAAUCCCGGGGAGUCCAGCAGCAGCCGGAGCAGUAGUAGCGCGACGUCUUUUGCGUCUUCUUCUGCGCCCUCUGCCCCCGCGGCUGCUCGAGGCAGCCCGGACAGCGGUUCAGAGCAGGGCAGUUUCCAGUGGAGUCCCUCGGGGCGCCGGACCGGUAGCCUCUACUGCAGAGUGGGCAUCGGUUUUCAUCUGCAAAUCUACCCAGAUGGCAAAGUCAACGGUUCCCACGAAGCCAAUAUGUUGAGUAUUUUGGAAAUAUUUGCUGUGUCUCAGGGGAUUGUAGGAAUACGAGGAGUUUUCAGCAACAAAUUUUUAGCGAUGUCAAAAAAAGGAAAACUCCAUGCAAGUGCCAAAUUUACAGAUGACUGCAAGUUCAGGGAACGGUUUCAAGAAAACAGCUAUAAUACCUAUGCUUCAGCGAUACACAGAACUGAAAAGACUGGGCGAGAGUGGUACGUGGCCCUGAACAAAAGAGGGAAAGCUAAACGAGGGUGCAGCCCUCGGGUUAAACCCCAGCAUGUCUCUACCCAUUUUCUACCAAGAUUCAAGCAGUCAGAGCAGCCGGAACUGUCAUUCACCGUUACUGUCCCUGAAAAGAAGAAGCCACUUAACCCUGUCAAACCAAAGGUCCCCCUCUCCACUCCGCGCAGAAGUCCUAACACAGGGAAAUACAGACUCAAGUUUCGCUUUGGAUAACGUUUGUGCUGGUCAUGGGAAGAACCAUGCCUUUCCCUCAGCAGUUUCUACAGGUGUCUUCCAAGCUCUGCAGGAAAAUUAUUGGACACAGCUUCUGCUAACUUUACGCUGUCUGGAAGCCUGGUCAUUUGCUUCAGCUUGACUGAAACAAUCAUUUUUUUUGAUAGAAAUGGAACUGGAAUUCUUUGUACCAAUACAAGGAGUACACUGCUUCAGUUCAGGAACAUGAAAAGCCUUCUGCUUUAUGCUU